AUGAAUGCAGAGAAGCGAAGAAAAUCCAGAGUACAAGGAGGAUGGGCAGGUGCAGGGAGCAAACAGAAUAAUGCUAGCAAACCAAAACAAUCAGUUUUGGCAUCACAUGCUUCAAGCCAAAGCCCUGUGACUGGAAUAGUUACACAAAGGCAAGUUCUGGCAAGUGCUCAAUCUCAUUCUGUCAAGUUGUCAGAGUCAAGUAUUCCACAGUGGACUGAUAAUAAUAUUGGCCAGAAAUCACAGAAUAGUCAACAGCUUGUAUUUGAAGAUCCAGAACAGGAAAUACAAGUAAAACCGGCUGACCUGACUAUAGUAAAAUCUGGCACAUACGAUAUAAGCACAGAACCAUCUGGAGUUUCUAGGUUGAGGUAUUUCCCUGACUUCAUUGAGCCAUCACGCAGUGAAGCAAUCUUUGCAGAAUUACUAGAUGAAAUACCUUGGAAGCAGAGAUCAGAAGUUCAUGGCGGGGUCCGAGCUGUUCAACCCAGGCUGACUGCCUGGUAUAACGAGCUUCCAUACACAUACGCUGGCAUCACAGUGGAAGCUAAUACAUCUGAGUGGCCAAAUGCGUUGAAAACCCUAAAAGAUCAGCUGGUGGAAGUUACUGGAAUUGAGUUCAACUCUUUGGCUGCAAAUUUAUACAGAGAUGGCCAUGACAGUAUUGGCUGGCACUCUGACGAUGAGCCAAUCAUGGGAAAGAACCCUACAAUUGUAUCGCUGUCCUUCGGCGAAGAGGGAGUGUUUGAGCUGCGAAAGAAGCCUCCACCUAAUGAAUCCGGAGAAAGAGACUACACCUAUAGCCAAGUUAUUAAAAUACCUCUAAGAAGCGGUUCACUGCUCAUUAUGGAAGGCUGGACACAGUCAGACUGGCAGCAUCGUAUUCCAAAUGAGUACCAUGACAGAGGAGCCAGGAUAAACAUUACAUUCAGAGUGGCAAUACCUUCCCACAAGUGA